GGAAGCGAAAGAGAAGCUGAGCCUCAGUUCUUCUUCACAGAGUGAGUGAAAGAGACGGAACAACUUUCCUCCUUCUCGGGGUUCGAACCAGGGACCCGCGGGGAUGAAGCCUCCGCUGAAGGUUUUACCUCUGGUCGUUUUAAGCUGCUUGAUUUUCUCCACUCACAGCAAACCCGGAGGAGUCCUCCCGCCCCAAAACGUGUCCUACGAGUGGAUCGAUGAUUUCAUGCUGCGCCUGUCCUGGAAUCCUCCGCAGCACCCAGUAACAAACUGCAAAUAUCUAGUGUCUACAGAGAGCAAAUCACACGGCAUAGAAACAUACACAGAGCCUUACAUGGAAACCUUUGUGGUGAUGGAGGGAGGAUCCAUACCCUGGAACAUCGCUACAGUCUGCAAUGGCUCGGAGAGCGAGCCAGCGGUCUUCAACCUUUCUUACCCAGAGCUGGUGAAGAACUUCACUUGCACCUUGUAUUCUGGACGCAACACUCACUGCCAGUGGUCAGCAGACGGACACUCCUCAGACUUCAAAUUUUACUAUGGGUUAGCAGAUGAGUGUAGCGAUGACAACCCUCCGUUGCAUUUACAAGAAUGCUCGUCCUACACGCUGACGAACGGCGUGAAGUCCGGCUGCGAGCUGAAGGCCACCUGGUGUCACGUCCUCUUCGCCCUCUUCACCGCAACUGUGGGCAACCAGCCGGUCAGAAACACCUUCAAAAGAGCACUAAAGGACAACGAGAUACUGGACAUGGAAGGGAAAUGGAAUGUCAUGCAAAAUGGCAGCAAAUUCACUAUCAGCUGGGAUCUGUCUGCAGCUUCACGUAGAUGGGCCAUUGAGAUAAAGUACACUGAAUGUGGUGAGACACAUAAGUCUCUACAUAGAAACGGAGUGUCCUAUGAGCUGGAGCUGCUCCCUCACUGCCAGAAGUCCUUCGCUAUCAGAGCAGUGAAAGGUACAUGGGCGUCGCCGUGGAGCGACUGGAAGCACUACGGCCCGGUUCCGGAUGAGGGUCCGAACGCGCUGGUGUACGUGGCGUUCGCCGUCCCGCUGUUGAUGGCCUUCGUGGUGGUCCUGAGCUGCGUGUGUUUCCAGAGGAACAAGGAGACACUCCUCCCUAAAGUACCUGAGCCUGUCGAUUACCUCAGUGAAUUUGCUAACAACAACAACAAGAGUGCUUUUCACAACCAUUACAUUCCGGAGAAGGAGGAGGACAGCUGUCGCAUUUUACUGGUGUUGGACCCCCAGCUGGGCAAAGGGAACUGCUGAGGCCUGCUCAAAGUGCCACUUCCUGCCAGCAGGAAGGAAAAGUACGGCAGCUACUGGCUGUUGCUCGGACGGGGUCAGACAACGGGAUGUUAUUCUGAACGAGAUAUCUUUAUCAGGACACUCCACACAUUCCAGUUUACAGUUGGCACGACGGCCGAGAGAUUACUGUACAACUCAUCACCUGCAGUUUAUAUGGAAUGUAUUUUUAAUGCAAUCAAUGAUUAAAAAAAAAAAGUGUGUCUUUGCUCUGUGUGAGGGGUUGCUUGUGUAUUUAUUGACGCAGCGACGGUAUCUGGAGUCUGA